AUGAUCUUCCAGGGCCAAAAGAUCCCUUCCCAAAUCCCUGCAAUCCUAAAGAGAAGGAAGCCAGCUCCUGCUCGCCAUAAAAUGCCAAGAGAAGGUAACUGCGAAACGCAAUCUCCUUUUUUCUUCUUCCUUGGCGCCACUUUAUUAGAGCGUGUGUGGACCACGCAGCCAUCCCCACUGCACGCGGGGCAGGAGGAGAAAGCUUUUCUAAAUGCUGUGGAGCGAGCGGGGCUAGCUGAGGGCAGCGAGAGGACCCCCCCCCCCCAGGAGGGCAGGGCGGGACAGGGCACGGAGUCCGCCUCCGGGACGCGAAAGCUGCGGGCCGCAGCCACCCGAGGGCGGGCGGAGGAGCGACGGGAAGCCGCGCCCGAGGCACCAAAUAGGAAAAAUGUUAAGAAAAAGGAAGGGCAGCCGUUACUGAGCACAGCGACAUCCAUGUGGCAGCUCUGUUUGCCUGCCGUCGCCUCCUGUCGACCUCGGGUCCGCAGAGCUCUCCGUCCUGGGCAAAAGCUGCUCCCCAGCGCCUCGCUUUGCCCCGAGCGGACCCGACCCGAUGGGUCCCGCGCCUCCCAGGCCCCAAGUCCACCCUCAGCGCCUCCUAGGCAGCCACCCUUUCACCUGCGCGUCAGGUGGGGAAAAGGAGAUCCUGCACCCUUGUCCUGCUACAUUAACCCCGCCUGGGGCAACAUCUUUGUUUCUUUUUUUGUUUCUUGAAAAUUUUAAUUAUUUAAAAGUGAAAGGAGAGGGGCGCCUGGGUGGCACAGCGGUUAAGCGUCUGCCUUCGGCUCAGGGCGUGAUCCCGGCGUUCUG